UUCGUCUGAAAGUCUGGGUCGACUGACACACACAAUCAUGGACAGAUCACUGGACCGCUGAGUGCAAUCUUCCUCCUCCUUCCUCUUUCUCCUCCUCCUUCCUCUUUCUCCUCCUUCUUCCUCCUCCUUCUCUUCCUCCUCCUCUUCCUCCUCCUCUUCCUCCUUCCUCCUCUUCCUCCUCCUCUUCUUCCUUCUCUUCCUCCUCCUCCUCUUCCCCCAGAGGUUUCAGUGAACACCCUGAAGGUCCCACCUGGUUGCCAGAAAAUCAUUGAGACAGAAAGACAGAUCGACGAGAGGUUACAAAAAAACAGAGGUUCCAACAAACCCCCUCUGGUCUUUCUAAUUCAUUUGGUAAUCAUGACGACCACUCUUUUUUCCUCCUUACCUGGGCACCUGGUGAACCCCCAAGUCCCCCUGUCAUCAUCGUUGCUGCUUUUGCUGCUGUUACAACUGUUUAGUCAGUGCCCUGCUGCUCCCUCAGGGCCUGAGUCAGACACCUGCUCCACUCUGGUUCAGAGCCGAUUCUUCGGCCACUUCCUGUCCUCCUCCACUUUCCCCAUGGCACCCUGCUCCUGGACCCUGCAGAACCCAGACCCGCGCCGCUACACCAUCUUUAUCAAGGUAACCAAACCUACCUCCACAACGGACUGCAUUCCCCGGCAGCUCCGCACAUUCCAGUUUGACUCGUUUCUGGAGACCACGCGCACCUACCUGGGCAUGGAGAGCUUCGACGAGGUGGUCAAGCUGUGUGACUCUUCAUCCCCUGUGGCCUUUCUGGAGGCUGGGAAACAGUUCCUACAAAUGAGGAAAGGACCGCCCCGGGCCGGCAUGGAGGUCACCACCCCUAACGCUAGCGAAGAUGGGGAAUUUAAGACAGAGUACCUGGUGGUGGGGAAGCGUAACCCCAGCAUGGCAGCGUGUCAGAUGCUGUGCCAGUGGCUGGAGGACUGCCUGGCAUCCAGCACCUCUAACAGGCCCUGUGGCAUCAUGCAGACCCCCUGCCAGUGCUGGGAGCCCCCUCCUCCUCCACAGCUCAGCGAAGGAGAUGGAUGCUACAGGAAUGGGUUCUAUCUGGAGAACUGCCUACCCAGUGCCGAUGAGAAGAGUGAUACUGACAGCAACAGUGAGUGGAAUAGUUCUCUGGUUUUAGUUAUGGGAAUUUGUGGAAAUGUUUUGGCCAUCAUGUGAUGCCGUUUUGUCUAUUGGAGGAGAGCUUGUAGGCGAGGCUUGUGGCUCACUUGGUCAUCUUGUCUGUAUAGCAUGCCAUUUCAUGUUAAAUGGGGGGCCUCUGUGGUCCAGGUCAAUCAAUAAAUGUGUAGGGAGCCUCGUACUCUAACCUGUCACAAUACAAUGAAAUAAUUAUUUAAAAGGAAAGACAAGGAAUUGACAUAGCCACCUCCUUAUAAUUUCCGGACAAUUUGAGGCAAUUUGUGUUCAAAUGACUAUGCAGCAUCCAAAAAAGUGCUCUGGCUAGGUCACAGAAAGUAGAAAGGCCGUGAAAGAUCAGUAGAAUGACAGUAGCUAAAAGACAGAACAGAGAUGGUAUAGGGUUUCAGCUGAUGGAUUCUGAGCUGAAUGACCUUGGCACGUCGGCGCCGUGUCCUGUCUCUCUGUGGUUGGGAAGAGAGAUACUGAUACUGAGAUAUGGGGAUUGUAGCUAGCUGGAUUUCUGUGUAUGGCUGCUCUGAGCAGGGGGCGAUGCACAGGAGAGCGACUAUAGGGGCUUGGAUAAGGAUAUGGAUCUGUAGUUGGUUAGAUGUGUGAUGGUGCUGUGUGAUCCUGGCUCCCCUCCCCAAGCCUGGACCUGACAGACAGGUUGAUAACUGAGAGCUCCAUCCCUGAGGGAGACUA